AGCCACAACACAAACAAGCCUUGCAACCAAAGCAAACCAACAAACAUGGCAGCCACAGCUCUCUCAGGCACCAUGGUCAGCACCUCCUUCAUCCGCGGCCAGCCAAUGACCAGCCUGCGGUUAUCCCCCAACGUCGGUCAGGCCCUUUUCGGGCUCAAGGCCAACCGCGGAGGGCGUGUGGCGAUGGCUGCCUACAAGGUGAAGCUGCUCACACCAGAAGGGCCACAAGAGUUUGAGUGCCCCGACGACGUGUACAUUCUCGACGCGGCGGAGGAGGCCGGGAUUGACCUGCCCUACUCCUGCAGGGCAGGGUCUUGCUCCUCGUGCGCCGGCAAAGUCGUGAGUGGGGGUGUGGAUCAGUCGGACCAGAGCUUUCUGGAUGAUGAGCAGAUUGAUGGUGGAUUCGUGCUCACUUGUGUGGCUUAUCCGUCGUCUGACGUCACACUUGAGACCCACAAGGAAGAGGAGCUUACUGGUUAAGUGCUUUUGAGCUUUCUCAUGAUGACGUCAUGUUUUGAUGGCUGCUGGCUGGUUGGAUCUGGCUUUAGUUUGUUUCAGGAUAAGGUUGUCUUGUUUCUAAUUAUAUGAGUUGCUUAAUGAUUUUGUACUCUCGUUUGUGGUAUGGAGAUCUUUGUAUCUUCUAAACUCACCCUUUUAUGAAUCUCUCUCUGUGUUUGGAA